AAAAAUGUAUGAAAACACGAACAAGCUGGAGUAAAGCUGAAACUGGUAAAAAUAUAUCAUAUUAUAUAUUCUGCAAAAUAUCUUAAUCGUGAAGAUUUUGAUAAUUUUAUUAUUUAAAUUUAUCUAAAUCCAGUUUCUGCUAUCAAUUUUGGCAACAUGGCAGCCCCUGGGGAAUUGACUCCUGAAAUUCUGAGCGAUUUUCGCAAGAAAUUUCACCAAGAAGAGAAAAAUUUACUAGCUCAAAACGUGUGUACCAAGAAUGAUCCACUGGAAUGCUGCAUGUCUAGAUCGAAUUUUGAAGAAACAAAUCAUGUAUUCCAAUAUAAAGUCAUGGAAGCAAAGCCGAUGACAAAUCAAAAGAAUUCUGGAAGAUGUUGGAUUUUUGCAACAUUGAAUGUCAUCAGGAUUCCAUUUAUUAAACAUUUUAACUUGGAAGAGUUUGAGUUCAGUCAGCCUUAUUUAUUUUUCUGGGAUAAGAUUGAACGUUGCAAUUAUUUUCUUCAUAAUAUCGUUAAAACAGCCAAGCAAGGAGAAAAAGUAGAAGACCGAUUGGUAUCAUUCCUCCUCCAUGACCCCACCUGUGAUGGCGGCCAAUGGGAUAUGAUUUGCAAUCUAAUAAACCGAUAUGGUUUAGUUCCAAAGGCAUGUUUCCCAGAGUCCUGGACCACCGAAUCAACCUCUCGAAUGAAUUCACUUCUCACCAGCAAGUUGAGGGAAUUUUCAAGAGAAUUAAGAAGCCUUGUUGAUGAUGGAGCGUCUAAUGAAGCCAUUGAGAAGAGAAUAAUUGAGCAGAUGACUGUAGUCUACCGAAUCGUUGGUAUCUGUGUAGGAAUUCCAUCAGAAACAAUCACUUGGGAGUACUAUGAUAAAGCGAAAAAUCACAAAAGCAUCGGACCAAUCACUGGAUUAGAUUUCUACAAAAAUCAUGUAAAGCCAUACUUCAAUGUUGAUGAUAAGGUUUGUUUGGUGACUGAUCCAAGACCUACACAUCCAUUUGGACAUCUCUACACUGUUGAUUGUCUGGGCAAUGUUGUUGGUGGACGACAAACCCUUUACAAUAAUCAACCAGCUGAAGUGUUGCUUGAACUCACUGCUAAAAGCAUACACCAGCAAGAAGCUGUUUGGUUUGGGUGUGAAGUCGUUAAACGAUUUGCUUCAAAACCUGGAUUUUUCAGCCUCAAAGCACAUGAUAUUAUGUCGAUGUUUGGAGUUGAUGCUCAACUAGGACUCUCCAAAGCAGAUAGAUUGAUCUAUGGAGAGUCUUCUAUGACUCAUGCUAUGGUUUUCACUGGAGUUUCUUUGGAUAACAAAGGAAAGGUCACAAAACUUCGUGUGGAAAAUUCCUGGGGUGAAGAACGUGGAGAUAAAGGAUACAACGUGAUGACUGCAGAAUGGUUUAACGAGUUUGUGUUUGAAAUAGUUGUAGAUAAGAAAUUUGUACCACCUGAAGUACUUGCAGUAUUUGAACAAGAGCCAAGAGUUCUUCCUGCUUGGGAUCCAAUGGGAACUUUGGCUCAAUAAUCAUUUAAUUGAUGGAAAUUUAUAAUAACAUACAAUAUUAUGGUAUUUUACUACUCAAUUAUAAAUUUUAGAUUUUAGUUUUAUGAAUAAUUGAUAAUUAUCUUAUCAAGCAUUGAAAUAAUAUCGAUAUAAUAUCAAAAUAAUACAUAAUAAAUUUUUUUACAAUAA